CGCGCACGAGAGAGAGAGAGAGAGAGAGCGAGAGCGCCCCAGGUUUCCCUGCCGCUGGAGAGCCGUAUGGAGGAGCAGAAAGAGAACGUGCAGCGGCGGGACCCCCCCGGAGAGGACAACGCGGAAGCCCGCGCGGCCUCGCCUUUCAGUCAGAGUAAGCAGGGCUGCAAGUCUGAUUUUCAAGAAGAUAAUAAUAAAAAAUCCAUGUCCAAUUCAAGUGAUUUCAGCGAUCCAAUCUACAAAGAGAUUUCCCUGACAAAUGGUUAUAUCAAUAGAAUGAGUAGAGAAGAGCUUAGAGCUAAACUUGCUGAAUUCAGACUUGACACCAGAGGAGUGAAAGACGUACUGAAGAAGAGGCUGAAAAACUAUUACAAGAAAGAAAAACUAAUGCAAAAGCAGCCGACAAAUGCAGAAGAUUACUACAAUUAUAUCUGUGUUAUUGACUUUGAAGCAACUUGUGAAGAAAGAAAUCAGCCUGAUUUUACUCAUGAAAUAAUUGAAUUUCCUGUUGUUUUACUAAAUACUCAGACAUUACAAAUAGAAGACACGUUCCAGCAAUACGUGAAACCAGAGAUUAAUCCUCAACUUUCAGAUUUCUGCAUUAAUUUGACAGGAAUCUCUCAGGAACUGGUGGAGAAAGCUGAUGAAUUCCCCAAAGUGCUGCAAAGUGUUGUAGAUUGGAUGAAACAGAAAGAACUAGGAAGCAAAUACAGCUAUUCCAUAUUAACUGAUGGGUCCUGGGAUAUGAGUAAAUUUUUAAAUAUCCAGUGUCGUGUUAGUCGUCUGAAGUAUCCGUCUUUUGCUAAGAAGUGGAUUAAUAUCCGCAAAUCCUAUGGAAACUUCUACAAGGUUCCUAGAAGCCAAACAAAACUGUCAACCAUGUUGGAAAAACUUGGGAUGGACUAUGAUGGGCGGCCUCACAGCGGGCUUGAUGAUUCCAAGAACAUUGCGCGAAUAGCCAUUCGAAUGCUUCAGGAUGGAUGUGAACUCCGUGUGAACGAGAGGCUCCAUGGUGGGCACCUGCUGGCGGUCCCUUCCUCUGCUCCCAUAGAGGGAGCUCCAGUACCACAGAUGCCGAAGUUUCGAUAAAUAUUAGGAAGUGAGUUAUACUGUGUUCAGGCCCGUAUUCUUGGCAUUCCAAAGCCUUUUCAGAGAGUUGAUUUUCUAAAGGGGGCUCUAUCCCCAGUUUAAUCCCUUGCAGAAAUAUACAGGUCUCAGAGCACCCACUGAAAGUCUCUGUUAAUUUAAUACCCCUCCAAAAUAGUCACACUAGGUUUAAUUUUAGUUGCCCAAGUUAAAAUGGUUUUCUCUAAAGUAAAAUCAAACAGAAGUGUAACAUUUGAUCUGCAGAUAAAACAAUACUGAUGUUUUGUAACGUCGUUGAAUACCAUGGGGAAUUCAUCUUUGCUAAUCUUUUGUUUUACUGUUUAACAUACCAGGAGGAUCUAUUUGACUUCAAGCAACAGUGACCAAAUUGUCUCCUGGUAUUUGAUAUUAUUUGUAAUGUAAUGUAAUUCUUUACAAUGGGGCAUUUGUUUUUUUUAAGUUUGGUCUUUCUUACCCAGUUAAUAGAAAUUUCCAAUAGUAAUACAUUUUUUGAUAUAUUAUAUUGAUGUGGUAAUAUUGUUGAGGGACCUGUUGAGCCACUAUUAGAUAUCUCUUAACCUCAUUAAAUUCGGAUAGCAAAUUAAGCAUUUCAUUACAUUUCUAUUGAAAUAAUGGAAAUGUGUUUAACAGGAUCAUCGUGCUUUUCUCCUUCCAUUAUAUACCAGCAUGGUGUGACUUACUUUGAUACCCUUCCCCCAGUAUUGUUAAAGAAAAAACAGAGAAGCAUAUUAUUCCUAUAAUAAUUGAGGCUUUGGCAUGGAUUUCAUGCCAGUAUUUCAUUUAUAUAAUCAAAGAGAAACAAAUAACUUCCCUGUAAAUUAUUACGCCAACUGUUGUUUUGACAUUUCAACUCAGUUUUGAAAGGUUUGCUUUAAUAAAUACAAAUAGAGUUUUUAAUGGUCACUGAACCAUUACAUAGUAUGGCACAUUUUAAUAUUUAUUGCUCAGCUCUUGUAGAUUUCUGACUUUUGAACUGGUUUAUUAUAUUUUGUCACCUUCAUGGGAAUUCUGCUCAAUUUGUUGUCCAAAAUGUUCUGCGGGAAUGAAUGGCUGAUUCAAGUCAACUAGUGACUUCAUGUCUAAGCAAGGAUUUAAGCCCAUCUUUUAUCCAUUAUACCUCAUAGUGUCUGUAUACAGUGUAUAGUUUGGCACUGUUUGCAGCAUUGGUUUUCUCCUGAAAACCGACUUUGUAAAUAUUCUGCUUUGUUCUAAUCUGUCCAGAGUAAAACUGAAUGAUGAUUUGACAUUACACUGUCUGCUUCAGCCUGCAAUCUUAAUAUUCCUUUCUGUUUUAACAUUUUAAAUCAUGUGUUCCUACAUGUGUGGACUCAUAUAAUUUCUACAGGUUUUGUUCAUGGGGUUGGGAUGGUGCCGAAAGAUUAUGAUUAGGUUCACACCUUGUACUAAGUUAAAAUGGGCUUGGCUAUUUUAUGGGUGAGUAUAAAGCCAGCCAGCGCACAUCAUUUAUGGUUCAGGUGAACCCAGGCUACUGGAUUAAACCAAUAAACCUAUGUGAAUUA